AAUAAACAAAAAAUGGAGAAUGAGAAGUGAGAGAUGGUCAGACCUUUAAACGCAUAGCAUAGGGCUUGUCGUUGCCUCCCUCUCAUUUUUCGAAUUCCUAGCAGCAGACCGUUCGCUCUCUCCUUUCUCCAUCCAACACAACACAGACAGACAAUCGCACACACAAUUUCUCCGCUGUUUUUGAUCGCAGAUCUAUCCGAACUGUCUUCUUGCUUCCUCUACUUUUGUAAUCAGAAUCCUCGAAUGCGUCAAAUCUUUUGUGUGAGUAGCUCCUCCUUCAACCCCCAAGAGUAGCAAACUGAUAAUGGUUUGUGGGAGAUCGUAUAUAGAGAGUUACCAGCAAGUGUGGUUGAAGGUUUGCAAGAAGGUUCUCAGGGAUGGAAAGUGAUCCGACCAACACAGUUUCUUCUUCUGAUGGGAUUAGCCAGGGACUUCAGAAAAUUCGAGAUAUACAUGGGAGGACAACUGGCCCUACAAGGCGUUCAACAAAGGGGCAAUGGACUCCAGAAGAGGAUGAUAUUUUGUGUAAAGCUGUUCAGCGUUUCAAAGGCAAAAACUGGAAAAAGAUAGCUGAAUGCUUCAAGGAUCGAACUGAUGUUCAAUGCUUACAUCGGUGGCAGAAAGUUUUAAAUCCAGAACUUGUUAAAGGCCCUUGGUCAAAAGAGGAAGAUGAAGAAUUACUUCUACUAGUAGAGCAAUAUGGACCCAAAAAAUGGUCAACCAUUGCACAACAGUUACCUGGUCGCAUUGGUAAGCAGUGUCGUGAAAGGUGGCAUAAUCAUCUGAAUCCUGCCAUAAACAAGGAGGCUUGGACUCAAGAAGAGGAGUUGAUGUUGAUUAAAGCUCAUCAAUCUUAUGGAAAUAAAUGGGCUGAGCUCACUAAGUUCUUGCCUGGGAGGACAGAUAAUGCUAUCAAGAAUCAUUGGAACAGUUCAGUUAAAAAGAAACUGGAAUCCUACCUGGCAUCAGGCUUGCUUACACAGUUCCAAGGUCUGCCAUGUGUCACUCAUACAAAUCACUCAACUCCUACUUCAUCAAGAACACAACAAUGUAGUGGAGACAAUAAUAAUAGCAUUCACAAAGAUGUUGAGGAAAUCUCUGAAUGCAGCCAACCCUCAACUUUAGUCAGAUGUUCAUCACAGUCCCAUCAUGACAUGGCAAAAGAAAUGGUGGUAGACGAUGACAUGGCAGACACAAUCGUUCUAUACACCACAGACGAUCCCCAAGAAGAUUUGAAUCAUGGGAAUGAAGAAGGGCAACCUUCCUCCAAUGAAUUCCAAAUUCAGAGUACAAUCUUGAGGACGGAAUCGGAAUUGGAAAACCCGGAUUCAGUUUUGAGAGAGGACCCGGAAUUGGCAACCUCGGAUUCGGUUAUGAGACAGGAACCGGAAUUGCGAAACCCGGAUUUGAUUGUGAGGGUGGAAUCGGAAUCAGAUUUCUUGCAGUGUAUAGAUGUUGAUCAGAACAAUGUUGUUGGUUUUGAUAUGGAUCCACACCCACCUGAAGGAUCAUCCGAUUCCUUAUUUUAUCAACAACCCAACUCCGGAAUCCCUGAUUCCGACGCUUCGAAUCCGGAAUCAUAUUAUUCUCUCUUGAUGGGGACUGCAUCCGAUCAAUUUAACGCUCUUUCUGUUGGAAACCAAGAAUUCACUGGACUUAUUUACAACUCCGGAAUCCCUGAUUCCACCGAUUCUCAUUUCAUUAAUGAUCAAGAUAAUGUAGGGGCACAAGAAGAAGUAAAUGGCACUCAAAUUGAUGACAACAGUGGUUUUCAAGAAAACGUUACUCAAACCCAUCCAUCAAUUGAUGAAUCCGGUGUUUUACAAACAGAAAUGAAUCCAGGAUUCCUAUCUUAUGAGCCACCACAGUUUCCAUCAUCAGAUAUUCCGUUUUUUAGCUGUGAUUUGAUACAAUCUGGUGGAGAAUUACAUCAUGAAUAUAGUCCACUUGGUAUUCGUCAACUUAUGAUGACAUCAUCAAUGAGCUGUUUCAGUCCAUGUAGAUUAUGGGACUCCCCUUCACGUGAUGACACUCCUGAGGUGGUGUUGAAAAAUGCUGCAAAGACUUUUACGUGUACACCAUCGAUUAUGAAAAAGAGACAUCGGGAAUUGUUGUCACCUUUAUCUGAAAAAAGAUGUGGGAAAAAGGUGGAAUGUGUCUCGAUUGUUAACAUGGCUAAAGAUAAAGAAAAUUUGAAUCCAGAUGAUGAAUUAGCAGCUCAAAAAGAGGGGAACAAAAACACAACAGCAAAAGUUGAAGAUCUAAGUGGAGGAGGAGUUGUUGUUGAACAGAAUUUAGAUGAUUUAUUAUUUUCUCCUGAUAAAUUUGCAAACAAGUUAUAUACUACACCUAAGGGCCCACGUGCUGCUAGAACAACACCUGGAAGAAUGAGCUCAAAGAGAAACAACAAGGGGGGAGGUGGAAGUCGGUUUGGUGCAUCCUCUGUACAAUUACAAUCUUGCCCUUCAUCAUCAGCACCUCUUGAAGUUACUGUUGAUGAUGCUGUGGUUGAAAACUCCGGAAUAUUUGGGGAAACUCCAUUCAGGAAAAGUUUGGAAUCACCUUCUGCAUGGAAGUCACCUUGGUUCUCUUUUGUGCCUGGUCCAAGAGUUGAUACAGAUAUUACAAUUGAGGAUAUGGGUUACUAUAUGAGUCCGGGUGAAAGAAGCUAUGAUGCUCUUGGGUUAAUGAAACAGUUAAGUGAACAUACAGCUUCAGCAUAUGCAAAUGCUCGGGAGAUUUUGGGAGAUGAAACUCCUGAUUCCAUUCUAAAGAAAAGAUUCUCAGAAAAAGGCGAAAAGAUUCGACAAGAAUCAAAUCUUCCAAGUGAAAGAAGGGUGUUGGAUUUUAGUGAAUGUGGGAGUCCAAGGAAGGGUGGUGGUGUAAGUUUGACAAGCCCAUCUUCCUACCUCUUGAAAAGUUGCAGGUAGAGAGUGUGGAGUGGUGGUCAAUGUGUACAACAAACAUCUUAAUUUUUAUAAAUUUUAUAUUUUUGAUAUCAAAUUGCCAUUUGUUGUGUUAACAUAUGGAUGUCUCUCCCCUUCUCUACUCAACCCAU